CCCUCGCUCCUUCCCCGGCCCCGUUUUCCAAACAACAACUUCGCCGCCCGGAGCCGAAGUUGCCUCGGCGGGCCGGGCUCGUGGCUGGCGGGGACGGAGGAGGAGAAGCCCACCCCAGGGCGAACGAAGGACGGCCCGGGGGCCGGGAAACCACGGGUCUCCAGCCCAGAGGGCCACCCGAGGCGGAAAUGUCCACGGACGGCCUAUCAAGCAAAGCCCUGAAGAUCAAGCGGGAGCUGGGCGAGAACACCCCGCACCUGUCGGACGAGGAGCUGAUGGGGCUGUCGGUGCGCGAGCUGAACCACCACCUGCGGGGGCUGUCCAAGGAGGAGGUGGCCCGGCUGAAGCAGCGGCGCCGCACGCUGAAGAACCGCGGCUACGCCGCCAGCUGCCGGGUCAAGCGCGUCUGCCAGAAGGAGGAGUUGCAGAAGCAGAAGACGGAGCUGGAGCGCGAGGUGGACAAGUUGGCCCGCGAGAACGCAGCCAUGCGGCUGGAGCUCGACGCCCUGCGGGGCAAGUACGAGGCCCUGCAGGGCUUCGCCCGCUCCGUGGCCGCCCACGGCCCCGCCACCAAGGUGGCCCCGGCUAGCGUCAUCACCAUCGUCAAGUCCGCCAACCCGGCCGCCUGCUCCUAGUCCCGCCCCUCCUCCGCCGCCCCCAAGUCCUCCCGCUCCCACCGCCCCACCUCCGCUCCCCUCGCCCUCCACGGACCGGGGGUCCCCACCCCUGACCGUCACACCGGUUGUUUCGGGGGUCGGGGCCUUGUGGUCCCCUCCCCAGCCACAGAAAUGGAGAGGUCGGUGACCGCACCUCCUCUUCCUCCCAUCCCGCCCCGCUUCUGAAAGCAGGUGUUGGCUCCCGCCUCCCUCCCGGGCCCCCCCCGGCCUAUUUAUGAAGAUGGUGAGGAGGAGGUCUUGGUCUGGUCCACCUCUGCCGUCAUCCUCUGGGGGUGGGCCCGUGAAUUUGGUGGGGAUGAGUGGCCCUCUCUCUCCCCGCCUCACGGAAGGAGGCUGAAGCCCGGUUGAUGGUCAGAUUGGGGGUGACUAGUCCCCCUCCACGCCCCUUCCGUGUCCUCAACCCUCAGGAGAGAGAGAGCAGCAUGGUGGCCCGUCAGCCGGCCCAAUACCGCCCUCGCACUCCAUUCCCUUGGGUCGACAAGAGAGGAGGGUGGAGACGGAGAUAGAGAAGGAGCGGACGGGGAGGGGGGGCAGCUCCGGCCAAAGAGGGGAGAGGGAAGACACCCCCAUGAUCACCCCCACUCCCCAGAAAGCUGAGGAUGGGCCACCUUUCAGGACAUCCACAAGCCAGACCAAGCCCAGGACUCCCCAGCCGGCAGGGGAUGGCGACCCCCCUGCCGACCCCCUCCCUCCGCUCCCCAGCCCCGGUGGGGGUGGAAAGAGCUCGGGCUUUGGAGUCAGA